CUCAAGGAACGUCAGAUCAGAUGCAAGUCGCUCCUGAUCACGUGCCCGAACUUUCUUUCCCUCUUGCUCCAUCGCCUUUGCGUAAUUUUCGGACCGAAAGUCCUGCAGACAUGCCGUCACAGUCAAGCAUUUCUUGGGGAGCUUGUCUUCCCAAGUCGAUGAACCUUAUGGAGGAGAACGGACAGGGAGGGCAUGAUCAGCUUUAUGACUCUGCAGUUCGCCACCUCCUCUCAGGCGUUGAUGACAUUGUCGAGCUCAAGAGGCGCCACGACCUUCAUGCUGGAGAGCAGGCCAGCCGCCUCAAGGAGGCGGCUGGUGCCGCCAUCAUGCUGUGUAAGCAGGUGGAGGAGCUGGAGGCCAAGGUGUUGCUGGCCAACACGUUAAAGCGUUGUCUAAGGGAUAUGCUCAGCAUAAGUGAGGACAGGCAUGCUGAGACAACGAGGGAAUUGGCUCUUACGCGACAGAAAUUGGACGAGGCGAGUCGCCGGAUUGAGUACUUAGAGAAGGAGAGGGCAGAAGAGAAGGCGCGUAGGGCUGGCGUCGGGGGAGAAACCAUGAGCACACCUCCUCCGAGCCCUGCGGCUCCAAGGAGUGCCUCCCUGAGUUUUGUUCCUUUUCCUAGUCCUGGUCUCACAAACCCGGAGGUGUGCAAGGAAAGCGCUCUUUUUCCUGAACUUUCUCACUUAUUUAGACAACCUUGAAUAAUAAGAGGAUUAGGAAUGUUUUUCUAUAUAUUCAUCCGGUAGAUUCGGUGUGCUUCGUUAGGAAAUUGAAUUCAAAUAGGGGCGGCAAUUCGUACUGGUGGGAUCGUUGUCAUGCCAAUUGUUCGAGCGAAACAAUGGCGAAGCUAGUUCUUUU